AUGCCAAUACGCGUCGGUGGACGGUCCGGGGACAACCAUUCUCAGAGGGCAUCACCAUCCCCUUCGCAAACACCAACUUCCACGAGGCGUGGCCUAGCGGUCCGACAGAAGCUUGACAGGCGAAGUGCGUCUGGAACUAAAAGGAAGCGAACAAAUACCGUCACAUCAGAACCGCUCAGUACCCGCCGGAGAACUCUGGACGCAGGGACCGAUGAAGACAGUGGCCCAGGCGAAAGCGACUUCGAAGAUGUUUAUGAUCCUGACCAGCCCCUUCAAGAACGCCGGGUUGUGCAACAAGGGCUGAGAGAUCUUCUAAAGGGAAUUUCCGAAAACUCGGAGGAAUUCUUGAAAGGCGACUCACGGGGCUUGCACGAGACCAUUUUGAAAGCCAAUGAACUCUCCAAACAGUUGAAACAGACCACCGAAGCCACAAUCGAUUCACGCCUGCUCGUGAGCACCACUGAUCUGUCUUAUCGAAAAACGUUGCGUCUCACCCAGGGCAGCCUUUCGCAAGGUAUAGAUGUGGAUGAACUUGUUUCCAAGGCGAUCACAUAUAUGCGACAGGGUAGUGGGAUCGCCGAUGACAAUGCGCCAGAGCUAUCGAGCACGCAGCGGCAACGCAGAACCGUAUCACGGCGCAGGGGUCAUGGCGAUGAUGAUGACGACGACGACGACGACGAAAUAGGAGAUGAGGGCGACAUGAUGAACUGGCCGCACCUUGGCCAUUUUGCUUGCUUGCCACAUAUUCGACGACCCGCCGUUCCAGGAUUCCUAUUAGGACCAAUGUCUGUUGAGAAGAAAGCCCGCAAGAUUGCUAAGCGGACUGCUCCCUUUCGACCCAAUAACUUGACAGAGACUCGACCCGAGGUGCUCAACGUUGAGGAAUUAGCAAAGAGGGAGAAUGAUUUGACGGCGAUAUGCGGCAAGAUUUUACAACAUUUGCACAAAGUUCAGAUUGAGACACAAAAAGUCGUUGAAGAUUUGAUCGACGAUGAUAUGGAAGCGGAUGAACAAACAAGAAUUAUGCACCAGCACGGGCUUCGCAGCACUGGAGGAAUAGAUUUGAUGCGUUUUGUUGUCAACCCAAAGUCUUUUGGACAGACGGUUGAAAAUAUAUUCUACGUUAGCUUUCUCAUUAGAGAUGGGCGCGUCAAGGUCGAUUUUGACGAGUUCGACCUUCCUGCAUUAGAACCUGUUGAACGGGAGCCAGAAGAUGACGGAACCCAACGUCAUGGGGCGUCAAAGCACCAAGCAGUAAUAUCCAUGGAUGAAGGGAUUUGGCGUCAGAUUAUAGAUGUGUUCGACAUUACGGAGCCCAUGAUAAGUCAUCGGAGAGAGACUACACAUUCUGGGCCGGGUGCUCGUGGUUGGUAUAGCUAA